AUGAGAGAGAUUGGUGCCGCCUUCUGGGAAACCAUUUGUGGCGAGCACGGAUUAGACAACAACGGAAACUACCAUGGAGACGACGGAAUCCAAAAGGCAAAGUUGGACGUGUACUUCAACGAAGCCUCCUCGGGCAAAUACGUUCCACGUGCGGUUCUUGUAGACUUGGAGCCUGGAACUAUCGACAGCGUCAAGGCCUCGCGUAUCGGAAACUUGUUCCGUCCAGACAACUAUAUUUUCGGUCAAUCGUCCGCCGGAAAUGUUUGGGCCAAGGGACAUUACACUGAGGGUGCUGAAUUGGUCGACUCCGUCAUGGAAGUGGUCAGAAGAGAGGCCGAAGGCUGUGACUCUUUGCAAGGUUUCCAGAUCACUCACUCCUUAGGUGGAGGUACUGGUUCCGGUAUGGGUACUUUGUUGAUUUCCAGAAUCAGAGAGGAGUUUCCUGACAGAAUGAUGGCCACUUUCUCUGUGGUCCCUUCGCCAAAGGUGUCCGAUACCGUCAUCGAGCCUUAUAACGCAACCUUGUCUGUCCACCAGUUGGUUGAGAACUCCGAUGAGACCUUCUGUAUCGAUAACGAGGCCUUGUACAACAUUUGUCAGAAGACCUUGAAGUUGCCUCAGCCAAACUACGACCAAUUAAAUAACUUGGUGUCCAGCGUUAUGUCCGGUGUUACCACCUCGUUGCGUUACCCUGGCCAGUUGAACUCCGAUUUGAGAAAAUUGGCCGUUAACUUAGUUCCUUUCCCAAGAUUGCACUUCUUCAUGGUUGGUUAUGCUCCAUUGACCUCAAUCGGUUCCAAGUCCUUCAGAUCUUUGACUGUUCCAGAGUUGACCCAGCAAAUGUUCGAUGCCAAGAACAUGAUGGCUGCUUCCGAUCCAAGAAACGGUCGUUACUUGACUGUUGCUGCUUUCUUCAGAGGUAACGUCUCAGUCAAGGAGGUUGAUGACGAGAUGCUUAAGGUCCAAACCAGAAAUGCAGACUACUUCGUUGAGUGGAUUCCAAACAACGUGCAGACUGCCGUUUGUUCUGUUCCACCAAGAGACUUGGACAUGUCAGCCACUUUCAUUGGUAACUCCACCUCCAUUCAGGAAUUGUUCAAGAGAGUUGGAGACCAAUUCAGUGCUAUGUUCAGAAGAAAGGCUUUCUUACAUUGGUACACAUCAGAAGGUAUGGACGAGAUGGAGUUCACUGAGGCUGAGUCCAACAUGAACGACUUGGUGAGUGAAUACCAGCAGUACCAAGAGGCAGGUGUAGAGGAUGAUGAAGAAUUGGAUUACGGCGCCGAGGAAGUCCCAUUGGCUGACAACAUGGACUAA